ACUGCAGAUGACACAGCGGUCCACGGAGGCGGAGGAAGAUGUCUGCUUCGUCACGCUCCUUUGGUCGCUCACCCCAUCGACACAGCUCCUUAAGAGAAAGAGCAUCUUUACUGCUUUAGUUUUGGACUCGUCCUCGUCUCACUCCACUCACCCCCGCCCCCCUCCACACCCGCCGUCCCAUCGCCAGGAUGGACAAGACCCUCAGCAGUGUCGGGGCAAGCAAAACAAACUCCCCCGCGGAACGUGGCGGCUCAUUCUCGUCCAGAAAGUCGGGAAGGAGCGGGUCGCAGAGCCCUGGUUCUGGUUCCGCGCCGGGGAACUGCUCGGCGGUUCCGCCGCAGAGCCAGAGGAGGCAGCUGGAAGGAGUUCUGAGCAAGUACACCAACCUGAUCCAAGGAUGGCAGAAUCGGUACUUUGUUGUGGACCCAGAGGCGGGUCAGCUGCUGUACUUUGUCAAUGAGCCAGGAAAGAGCCAAAAACCACGAGGGUCCCUCCCUUUGGUUGGUGCCACGGUGACUCCGAGUGAUGAGGCUCCUCACAUGUUCAUUGUACACUCAGUCAACGGGGAGCUGUACAAACUCCGAGCCUCAGAUGCCAAGGAGCAACAGCUCUGGAUCACCCAUCUACAGGCAUGUGCCAGACGACAUUCCGACAGUGGAGCUAAGAUGAGGCAGUUGAAGGGCUCAGACGAACGACUAAGUGUAGUGGAAGCAGUAGGUGGCCAGGAGGGGCUGGGCUCCUCAUCCUCUGGUCGGACCCGUAGCUUCUCCCUCCUCCCUCACCUAACCUCAUCUUCAUCCCCGGGUUCUCAGAGACACCUGAGCCACUCGGCCUCACCGGGCAACAUCGUCACUAUCACACACCACAAAUCUCCGGCUGCAGCUCGCCGUGCCAAGAAUCAGUACCCAGGACGGCUGCUGGAGGUCAAAGAGGUGAUGUCCCAGGCUGAGGGUCAACAGAAAAACCUGGUCCAGUCUAUAGACUCCCUUCCCACCAAAGGACCCCUGUCCUGUCUGGACCAGGACCUGCUGCUUCUCAAAGCCACGUCAGCGGCCACACUCAGCUGCCUGGGAGAAUGUCUCAACAUCCUCCAACACACCCAGAACCAAGCGCCGCCUCAAUCUCAGGCCAUGCACCGAAACCACAGCGCCCCCUCUGAUGCUGCUCCUGUGUGGACUGUACCAAAAUCAACUUCAGGGGAACAGUUGAAGAACGGAGGUCUGACACCUCUCAGAUCGGUGGAGCCUUCCCCAAACCUCAGGAAAAGGAGUCUGUCCCACAGUGCUGAGCACCAGUCUGGACUGGAAGACAUCAGCCCCACUGAGGAGGCGACGGAUACGGAGGACAAUGAUGAGGAGGACCUCGGUGUCCUGGACGACCAGCGCAGCAUCAUCCUGCACCUGCUCUCUCAGCUGAAACUGGGCAUGGACCUCACACGGGUGGUGCUUCCGACCUUCAUCCUGGAAAAACGCUCCUUGCUGGAGAUGUACGCCAACUUCAUGGCCCACCCCGACAUGUUCCUGUCCAUCACAGCUGGGGCUACAGCGGAGGACCGCAUCAUCCGCUUCGUGGAGUACUACCUGACCGCUUUCCACGAAGGACGCAAAGGCGCCGUGGCCAAGAAGCCCUACAACCCCGUGUUGGGGGAGACCUUCCACUGUUCCUGGGAAGUGCCUUGGGACAGAGUGAAACCUCUGACCAGAGCCAAUGUGGGCUCCGCUCGCGAACCGGGCCGGGGGCCCAAUAACGCGCAGCAGGCCGAGGACUCGCCGGGAAGCUGCUACCGAGUCCGCUUCGUGGCUGAGCAGGUCUCCCAUCAUCCGCCAGUGUCGGGGUUUUACUGUGAGUGCAGAGAGAAGAAGAUGUGCGUCAACGCCCAUGUGUGGACCAAAAGCAAGUUCAUGGGAAUGUCCGUGGGUGUGUCCAUGGUUGGAGAGGGAGUCCUGUGCCUGAUGGAGCAUGACGAGGAGUAUGUCUUCACGCUGCCCUGCGCCUACGCUCGCUCCAUCCUCACGGUGCCCUGGGUGGAGCUGGGCGGGAAGGUUGCCAUCACCUGUGCCAAGAGCGGCUACUCCGCAGCGGUGACCUUUCACACCAAACCCUUCUACGGGGGUAAAGUUCACAGAGUGACGGCCGAGGUCAAACACAACAGCACCAACAGCAUCGUGUGCAAAGCUCAGGGCGAGUGGAACGGCACGCUGGAGUUCACCUACAGCAGCGGCGACACUAAGGUCAUCGACACCAACAAGCUUCCUGUCACCAGGAAGAGGCUGCGUCCGGUGGAGAAGCAGGGACGGACAGAGUCCAGGCGUUUGUGGCAACACGUCACCAAGUCACUGAAGGAAGGAAACUUGGACGAAGCCACGGAACACAAACACCGACUGGAGGAGUGUCAGCGCGGCGAGGAGCGCCAGAGAGCUGCGGAUAACAAACCCUGGACACCCAAGUACUUCACUAAGGAGGGUGAUGGUUGGAUCUACAACAGUCCUCUGUGGAAGUCGAGCUGCUAGCAGAGCAACUGUGGUCCUGCCCGGUCUGGAAGUCCAGGACCCCAGACUCAGACUGUCUACGGAAUGUGCCAAAGUUUGGUCAUGGCUUCUGGGACUCUUUUAUAUGUAUCCUGUCAUAGAGAAGUAGAGAAUUUCUAUUUUUCACUUUUGCCUUUUUGCACACUGAUGUAACCGACACUUUUGUAGAGUUGAGUCGUGUCUGUCAGUGUUUUGGUCCCAUCGCACGCCCCGUCUCUGGAUGUAUAAACCGCUGGAGGAGGUGAACCCCCCCCCUGACUGGGGCCCUCUGAUGGCCCCGCGGUCCAGAUCCAGCUGUCCGCUCCGUUCAUUGAGUCUGCUGGGUUUGGGAGUCUGUAGAGUGGUGAAAUGUCAUGAGGCUACCUAUAGGUGUCCACGAUGAAGCUAACUGCCAACAGCACUUCGGGAAUUUCAUGAUGACCCUCCGCACAAAGGUCAACUAUUUCAACACAAACAGUUCCAGAUGGAGUCCAGAGUUUUGGUCUAGAAGGCAGUUGUUACCUCGUAAAUGCUGAUGAAGCUAAUGCUAAUGGAUGACAACAUGAUAACAAGCACCAAUGUUGGCCACAUUUGAUUGUUAGUCAGUGGAUUGUCUAUCAAGUAGCUGAAGUCAAAGCGCUGGCGGAACAGGAAGCGCGAUUGUCGCCACGCUGUCAUUGUUAACCUGCACUAUGAAUGUACACGCCGUUUUGUUUCUUUCCUGUUUUGUAGCUAACAAACUAGCAGAUGCUAGUUGUUGAGCUCUUUUCUCUCAGUCCUCUUCUCGCUUUACAUUGAUUCCUCUGUUUGUUUUCAGAGUUUUUAAACUGGAUGUGAGUUUUCAACCCAGUGAUGAGCAGCUGCCAUUUUACAGACUUUAUUUGGUCGCUAAUGCACCAAUGAACUUGGAUGGUGAUCCUCACCUGCUAAAGUUAAACAUCAUCCUCAAAUGUGUUUUUAAAUCCUCGGCUGGGUCCCUCAGCGAGUGUUUUCACGUCAAACCUCAAUUUUAAAUGUAUUUAAUCUCAACUGGUAAAUCAAAAUCACAUUUGAUCGCGUGUUAAUAACAGUCUGUGUUUGGGGGGGUUAGAUCUUUAAGAGUUUGAUGUCAGGAUGUGUUUGUGUAUGGCGUUGCCAGUUACGCAACAGUCCGGACAGAUGAACAUCAGAUGGGUUUCACUAACAUCGACUGCUGCGGUUUUCACUUCAGAACAAGCUGUAAAUGUUCCAGAUAAAACUGUGCGCAAAGCUCGUACUCUCUCCACGACUAUUGUAAUUCAGCCUUUCUGCCAGGUCCAACAACCAGAUGCCGAUUUGUAGCCGACGGUUUGAUGUUCGUGUGCUGGAGAAGUCACAGACUGUUGGCUGGUGUCAAAAGUUCACUAAGUGAUUGUGGCUCAAUGAAGGAGUGAAGGUCAAUAAAUCUAUUUACU